GGGAGCGAUGGCACACGUCAAGCUCGGAAAGUCGGAAAACGAGACAGUGUCACACGCGUUGGGGACGCAGCCAAAGCGAGCGGGGGUAUUCACUGCUCCGCGCUAUCUCCGAGUAUUUCGUAAAAAUUGUAACCACCCGCGUACAAUAAUCACGUCGAUCUCCAAUCAAUCUACCGUUCUUAUCAGAAGAAAAAGGAAUUACUUCAGAAUGGACGAUAUCCGUAUCAUCGCUGAUGGCUGCAUCAGCUGGUCACUGAAGAAACGCACGUAUCCGACGCCAUAACAACAACAACAGUGCAGUCGCAGCAGCUCUCACUUCUCUGCUUGUCAGUCUUCCAUAAGACGGAUCUACUCUACACGAUACGGCCGACUUUGCCUCCAAAGCCACGUUAGUGAAACUCUGCUGUUGCCCUGAUGCCAUGUGACACGCGAAGAGAGGGAGGCCAUGACCGAAGUGCGUUGUGAAAACAAAAGAAAUAUAUCGCGCGAAGCGUAAAGAUAAUUGCUGAUCUUCAAUAAUGGCGUCCAAUAACAUGUGGAGUCCACUGCCCCAGAGAAAUAACGGUUACAACAAAAAGAAUAGAGAAAACCAGACAAAGCUAAUCAAUACAUUAAUGGAGAUGUUCGGCACGGCCUUCGAGUCCGACAUCAUAGCGUCUGUUGCUCAAACGUGUAAUUGGAAACUGCAACCAUCGAUUGAAACCCUGUUAUCACUCACCUCGACCGCGAGUCCCGAAUCCAGCAAUAACGAUAAUCUACAAGCCUACGACCUUUGGGCUAUUGAUCCUUAUGCCAUGACUGAGGAAGCCCAACCGAUCUUCGAUUCGGCCUCGUCGGAACAUCAAGUCGACAUCAAACCUGCAACUGAACCGAAAGUCGAAACUGCCUCUCUCUGCGGUCUUAAAGUGGAGUACCGGCCCAAGGGCAUGGAAAACAACUCGGACGACGAUGCGGACGUCGUUAUUGAGGAGGAGUCGAGCGAUUACCGUAUUGGCACUCUAGAACCUGUUCAGCGCUCUGUUAACGUCUGCCAGUUCCUAGAGACACCAUCUGUCCAGUGUCCACCCAGGAACACUUUGACCAAGGUCAAUUACAUCAACACUGCCUCGCCAUCACGUAGUCCAGCUAGAAAUAGUAAUAAUAAUAAUAAUAACAACGACAAUAACAGUCCAGCGGCUCAAGCUCGCAUCGAGUCGUAUAUUCUCAAGGGCUAUAAGGUACUGGUUCUGAUGCGGGGCUGCCCUGGAAGCGGCAAGUCGUAUCUUGCUCGAGAUAUCGUGACCAGGACAUGCGGCCAAGGAAGUGAUUAUUCCAACUUCAUUUUUAGCGCCGAUGACUAUUUUGCCAUUACUAAUAGGGGCGUGUAUGUGUUCGAUGCUUCGAAGCUUCAAGACGCGCAUGCUUACAAUCAGAAUCGCGUACUUAAUGCUGCGAGGCAGGGCUGGAGUCCCAUUAUCGUCGAUAAUACUAAUACGCAGGCCUGGGAGAUGCAGCACUACAUAAAUAUGGGGGUGGAAAACGGCUACAUAGUGGAGACCUUAGAGCCAAACACACCGUGGUUUCGAAAUGCAAAUGAGUUGGAACGACGCAACAAACACCACGUUCCUAAGCCAAAAAUUCGCGCGAUGCUUGAGCGCUACGAGCCAGGCCUCAGCGGUGAGAGGCUUCUCAGGAUGUUCAAGCUCACCUAUAAGACCGCUAACCAGCCUCCUCAACUACGGAAGUUACCAGCUCUUCCACAGCUGGAGCCACAACAACAGCAGCAGGUAGCUGCGACACCGCGGCGACAGCCACGUACGCCCAAGACCUCGGUUGAAGACAUGUCACAGGUUUGUGAUGCUCUGAGUUUAAUAGCCAAGGAGUACUCGAACUUAGAGACAGUAGCAAUGCCCCCGAGAAGUAAUUCGACGGGUAUCGAUAUAAUCACCGACGACUCCGGCGUUAAACAGCCCAACAGCGAGAAUUGGACAGAAGGUAGCUCUUACAAGGAGGAGAGCCUUCUCGACCUACCCAAACUUGGGGCAAUCGGCUCUGAGCGACGAGUCUCCAACGCUGGUAUCAGCAGCAGUAAUAGUAGUAAUCAAACAGAAAAAGCUAUCGUUGAUGUCAAGAAAGAUGAAGAGAAUUUGAUUACGUUCGACCCCAUCGGUACCGAGCAGAAGGUUAGUUCAAGCAAAAUGGAAGAAGUACUUUCGACGGAUAACGGACUGUCCCAAUGCUGGGACUUUACUCUACUACUGAACGGCAUGCAGAUUCACAGCAAACUGGACGAGGAAGCGCUUGACGUAGACACAAAGGAAGUCACAAAAGUUGACGAUAAGCAAGUUCUCCAAACGCUGAAUACCGAACCUUCCAAUGAACCAAAGACAGAGGAUAAGUUAAAGAAGCCAUUAUCUCCUAGCGACAGUAGUAGUAGCAGCAUGGGUAGUCUUGAGCGAGUCGACAUGUCGCAAUUCGACAUAUGCAAUAAUCCGGAGGCUGCAGUGGUAGUUACACCUUCGGAAGUAACCGAAGAGAAACCAUCUUCCACCGGUGGUCUGGGUUCUAUACUGAGCUUCAUCAAGAACUCCUUCUUGAGCAACGAGAAGGACAAUCUGCAUAAGCAAGAGAAUGAUGACAAGGACAAGUCAAGCUCGACAGACAACCUGACAGCCAAGCUUAGAAACUCGUCCAUUAUAGACACAUCUUCAAAGCUCUCCUCGGUAACCCAUGACGCCACUGCUAAUACUCUGUCUUCAAAGUUAUUAGGCUCUAGUAGCAAUAGUGAUGAAAAUAAUUUAAAAUGCGAGGUUCAGGAAGGUUUGAUGUUAUCGGGAAUCGAGUCAGUACUCGAGCUCUCAGGGGAGAGUGACGAGUUCUUCGAGGCGCCGGACAGUCUACCGUCGAAACCAGCUGAACGCGUCGUCGAGGAACUGCUCGAGGCCAGCUCUGAUUUUCAACUUGUCGAGCAGUGCGACGAUUUAGUUACGCAAAUGAGAGGAAAUGACGAAAAUGACGGCAAUUUUGUGUCAGAGAAGAAUUUCACCGAGCAGAUCAAGAAUUUGCAAGUAAUUGCAAAAUUCGAAGAGGAGGAUAGCAAAGUAUUGAAAGAGCCGAUAGAUAGAGUGUUCGGCGGCAAGAACGUUUUCACAGGGAAAAUGCAGGACACAAGCGGCAGCAAUGCCUUGACACCAAAGCCCGACAACAGUAGCAGCCACGUUCUUUUUGACAACGUGGAUUUGAUCACCUGGCAAGAGGCUCCGUUUCCGUUGAACGAUGUUGCUGACUCGACGGUAAAACCAGAGGCUGACAGUACAAACAAAGUUGAAACAUGCGACAAAGAGACGUUCACAGAUUCGUACGACUUCAACGUCGCUUAUGUAGGCGGUACCGAUGACUACAAAGUUUUGAAAGCUUUCAACAGAAGCAUCAACGAGCCUGGUAGACACUCACCUGACGAGAGUCCAUCGCACCGUAAACUCCUGCUGCACAAGGGUACGAUGACUACUAAUACGAGCGUAUUACUCUUUGGCGAGCGUUUCUUUGAGCUUGAGAUCCAACCAGCAGAGGAAGGUAGCAGCAACGAUCGAGGCGAGGAGCUGGUCGAGCGCUAUCCUCAGCUACCUCGUGCCUUUGUCCUCGACGUCUACGAGAACUGCCAGCGUGACUUCAACUGGGCUUUGGAUUACUUGGAUAGUUUACAGCACGAUGAAGCGACCGUCAGCGCAGCCGUCGAACAGCAUAUCGCCGAGGCUGAGGCCGAGGCUGCUGGACUUUCUAUCGAACCUCGAACAAAUACCACCAGAGUGCCUGUUACAGUACCGGCAAGAACGUCGGAGUCCUCCUCGUCGUCGUCAUUGUCAUCCUCGCCCCAGAAGCAACAAAUCAUUAAAAAAGAAAAAAGCGCCUCGUCGCGAACCUCGUCGGACGCGCAGUUGGCCCUGAAACGUCAAUUCGAAGAUAAAUUCGUAUUAAGUGAGGAGAGUUAUAAACCGCAUACUUUGAAGGUCAAGAGUCGGAAGAAGCGGAAAUCAAAGGCCGCGAAGAAGACGGCGGUCAAGCAGGAGGAGGUAGUGAAAGAGAGUCCGCAACGGAAGCCGUCAAGAUUGGACCAUCCAGCGAUAGAGGAGGAGGUCGAUAACGAAGAGGAGGAAGAGGAGUACAGGAUGGAAGAUGAGCAAGAAGAGACGAUUGAGCUGAAGCUUGGAUAUGAUUUUAUACGUGUACUCGAGGAGAAAUUUGGUAGCGGUGGUACCGGUAAUGACAACUUUCGGCCGUACGAUGGUCUCUUUCCUGUCAUUCAGAUACGUAAAUCAAUGGCCCAGGAGCUGCAUGCGCUCUGGGUCGAAAGCAUGGAAAGUCAAUUGAGUUUCAUGCACAAACAGCUCGAUGCUAUGAUUGCCAGAGAUGCUGAGUACGCCAGGUCUUUAGAGCUAGAAGAAAUAGGAGCAAUGCCUGAACCAGAAAAUCCGAACCUCAAGGAGAUCAUGGACAUGGAGAUGGCUUUGGCGACGUUCAGCAACGAUCGCGUAAGUCCUAAAUAUCGCCAGCACAAGAAGCAAAAGUCCAAGAAGGAGUCUCUGGAGGAUAUGACCUCGCGCGUUACGGAGCGUACGCUGCAGGACAUGUUUCCGUUCUACGAGAGUGAAAUGCUGCACGAUAUUUACGAGGCACACGGACGUGAUUUUGACGAGACUGUACGUGUGAUAAAAGAAAACUGCUCGGGCAAGUCAACUAUCACCAUGGCUGAUGUGUUAAAGAAGCGUAAGACGCUUAUGGACGAGCUGCAAAAAGAGAGCAGAUACCAGACCUCAAGACAUAAUCAAUUAGAAAUCCAAGAAGGUCUUGACGAGGCUUGUGGUGGUGCUUUGGAAGAGGUGGAUGAAGAAGACUGUAUUACUUAUGACGAAGUAAUACAGAUUGGACAUAAGUCGCGCGAAGAGGCGAGGCGCCAAAUCGCGCUCAGGAAUUCGAAUUAUCAAAAGGCUAGCGAAGCUUAUCAGCGAAAGAACCCCGAAGUGGCUGCUUAUUAUGCCGACGUUGCCAAAUUACAUAUGAAGAGUAUUGAUCGAGCUAACGCAACGGCGGCAUCAGCAUUCUUGGCCGCACAAGCCUACGCUCAUGAGAACGAGGAUAUUCUGGAUCUUCACCACUUGCGAGUCGACGAGGCCUUGCGUGCCCUCGACAUCUUUCUCGAGCAUCAGCUGGAAAACAUGUCUAAAGGAGCGCGUAAAAGUAUCUUUAUCAUCACGGGUAGAGGCGCGCGAAGCAUUAACGGACAUAGCAGGCUUAAACCGGCCGUCUCUAACAAGCUUAAUCAAAAGUCUAUUAAUUUCAAGGAGGCGAAUCCUGGAAUGCUGAAGGUAUGCCUGCGCAAAAAAUAACCGAUGGAUCUCUCGGAUGGAAACGACAGAGCUUGACAUCUUUGACUUUGUGAUUGAUUUUAGGCCAAUGAGAUAUCUUUUAUAUUACAAAUCUUAAGCUUAUUUUACUUUAACUCAUCGAUGCUUUGAAUUUAGAAGAGCAUACGUAAAUCGGCAUGCUGCCGCAAUAGGGAACAGACAUGGUUUUGCUAUAUACAUAGAAAUACUUAUAUACAGUAGAAAAUAGCAUAAGAAUACGUUAUGCAUGAAAUUUUUGCUGAUUUAGUGCCUCUAGGCCCUAAUAUGAUUAAUUAAAAAUUCAUAUGUUUGAGUAGUUUUUAAAACGGCAGCUCUCCAAUAUGUCGGCUUAAAGGAUAAAGACCUAACCUAACGUACGGGCAUUUGAGUGCAUAAAUUCAGUCAUCAUGAAUCUAUUUUGAUUUUGCAGCAUUAUCUCUCAACUCUAUUAUGAUUUCGGAGAAAACAAUAAGGUAAUUUUAUGUAUUAAAAUUUACAUACGUUUAUACAUCUAUAUAUAAAUAUUCAACCUUCGCGCCGCCAUAUUGAUCACGUGAGCUGCCAAUCGUUUAAACGUAUUAUAUUAGCAAACUGAAUUUUUAAAACAACAAUAUUACUUAAAACAUAUUGCCGUAAAAAUCGUAGCUCUUGUACUUCUGUGUAAGAUUUAUUCUUAACUUUAUUUUAAAAAGGUUUUAAAAAUCAUGUCUGUUCCCUUAGAUAAUAUAUUUUUUGUUCAGUGUGAAAACUAUUGCAAUAUAAUUAAGUUUUUAUUUUAUCCGUAACAGCAGUUUUAGUUAUUUUUAUUAUGUGAAGGUUUAUUUUGCAUAGCGACAAGGAUACUUUCUUUGCCACUAGUAUCUGUAUAGGAUGAGCGAAAAAUCAAUGCGACAAUAUGAAAAAAUCAUUAUCUUGAAAUUUUCUACUGUAAACUAUUUUUUUUAUGACAGAAUAUAUAUGUGUGCGUUUAUAAAAAAGAA